CUGCACUCUUUUAUGUUCAUACAUGCAAAGACAAAGACUGCAAACUUUUACCUGAUAACACAGAACACAUUUUCAAAAACAUAUCAACUCAUUACUUUGACAAAUCCUUUGAAACAUUCCCAGCACCUCCAAAAGACAACUCAACUUCUAAAACUACACCAUUUACUCCAGACUAUAUAAUCUUCAAACCAAACCAACAAUAUAUAGCAACCUUCAACAAAACCAUACCACUCUAUACACUUAAUGAACUUGCAAUUAAAGCAGACCAAAAGUUUGAUGAAAUUAACAAUUCAGAAACCAAUUCCAAACAAACUGCUUUUUAUUUCUAUUCUUAUCUUAAAGUUUAUCUAAAUACUACAACUAAAAAUGACAGUAUUUCAGAUCUUGAAUUAAACAAAGCUUUAGAAAAAAUUAUUACAUCUACUAUUAACCCACAUAUUUUAGCACAUAUAAUUCUUUAUUUUCAUAUCCAAAGUUAA